AUGGAUUCCAAGAAGGGUAGGUCCGAGAUGCAGAUGGAUACAGGGGCUACAAGCAAGGAUACGGCGGCUGGGAAGCGGAAGACGAAGAAAAAGGUACCUGCGACUGCGAUGGCAAAGAAGGCGGCGAAACCGAGCGUGAGGAAGAUAGACAGCACGGCGAAGGAAACGCGUCGCCGGGCGCCGGUAUACAAGCUGACAAUUCCUGUCGACGAUGAAGAUCGCGACUUGUUCAACGAACUGUGGAUGGGAACAUGGGGCGAUGUCAUCGUUUCCAUGGACCGAAAAACGACUGUCCCCAGCGUGGGCUUCACGGACCUUGUUUCCCCCAGGGCCAGCAUCAGCCUCGUCGACACUGUGCAGCUCUUUGAAGUCAGAAUCUCAACAAAAGAGGCCUCAGGUUUAGUGUGGCCGCUGCAUGUGUAUGGUUUUAUCGCCACGCGUGAUUCGGUGGAUUUCAAGCGCAAUAUCAUCUUUGAGCGUGAAAAGGAUGACUGCCAGAUCGUCAGUGAGGGGGUUCCAUACCUAGCACUGACUGGGCCUGCACGUGCUGUUGUGCUGGUUGAUCCUGUCUACUUUGAGGUUGACCUCAAGGUGAGUGGAGCUGGGCAAUCUGAGGAUCAAGAGCUAAUCUACGUAGCUUGUCCAUUCAGGAACACCCAGCCGCCUGAUUCAUCCCUGUUUACGUCUGUCUACACCAACAAGAUCAGCGCACUCGACUUGACAUUUGGCCACAUUGUUGGCUCAGUAGAGGCCUCGGUCAGUAUGAAAGUCAUCCAUGGGCCAUGGCUAGAUGGUUUCCGAGGCUCUUUCGCUGCAAGAACUGCCAGCAUAAAUGACAUGACAGUUUGGUUGCUUGAGAUCGGUGAUAAUAACGGGUUGCCUCUUGCUGAUGAUGGCACGAUCAAGCUUCAACGCCAUGUUGUUUGUGCUGAACUUAAAAGACGAGAGUAUCUGGAAGUUUCUGUCAGUGCUUAUGGCGUCGGUGGGCAACGAUUUGAUGACGGUCUGCAUUUUACACCUCAGGAACGCGGUAAACUUGAAGGUACACUUAAUGUUGAUUCAUGUGAGAUUGAGGUCACUGUGACCUGGUCCCUUAUCAAGUAUUGCUAGGAGGAAUCUAACUUCAGUGGUGUGUCUGGCAGUCGACUGUUUACCCUACUGUCCAAAUUCAAUAUGUUUGAAAUGCUAUUUUGUACUAUUACCGUAAUGACAAUACAUAUUACAUAUUGUUGCAUGUAUGAACAAAGGUUUGAUAUGUUGUCGUUCAGUGUUUUGUGGUAAACGAAUCGAUUUUAAUGCUUACUGGUACAGGCAAGUCACUGGUUUAGCUUCCUCUGCCAACUUCUCGGCUAAAAGCUGAAAUCUUUUAGAUCAACUGCUGCGAUUUUAUUAACAACCAGCACUCUAAUGCCACCAAGGCCAGUGUACAAGGUCAACAAAAAAAAAUGCAUCUAGGCAUGGUGUAAAAAACUGAUACUCCCUUCGAUCCACAUUAAUUCUCGCUCAAAUGGAUGUAUCUACCACUGAAAUAUUUGUUAGAUACAUCCACCUCAGCGACAACUAAUAUGGAUCAAAAGGAGUAAAUAAAAAGUCCACAUGUACCAUGUGCCAAAAUUGCACAUUCAAAUUCCACUCAAAGUUAGCUUCAAAAAAAAAUCCACUCAAAGCUUAAGAAACAAAAAACAUAAUUCAGUCUAUGAACAGUACCAAAUUUAAUUAGUUUGACUCACAGGAGCUACUCACCCAUAAAUCAAUGUACUAAAUGACUAAUUCGCCCACUGAACCUGGAAAACUUAUUUUGAAUCUGGCCCCAACAUUCAUGCCUACCGAACUGACUACUAUGCUACAUGUAACCGCGCAUUCCAACAAGGCUUGUUUGACCUAUGCGGUCCAUGAUCGUCGGUCGUGCCGCCGACAAUGCACGGCCUUGUCCCGCCUAACGGACAGGCGCGAUAACACACAUGACCCCUGGCUUUUAGAUGGUAGACCAUCCGAGAGCCUUCACAUAUCUGGUUCUCCGGGUAAAUAUUAUUGGAUAAUGGAACCCAGCCAAGAACAACAGGGGUAAAUCCACGUGGGAGGCACGAAAGGGGGGACGGCAGGCACCGAAUAACCAUCGACCCCAAUGAGUAUCCAGGCCCCCAGUCAAAUUCAAAAUCAAAGGCCCGAAUUGAUACCUCAAUUGACUGAGAGCGCCCCAACCCCUUGGGAGCUUAGUGAAUUUAAGGACAAGGAUGUUAAAACAAAGUCAUAACUCGCAUCAAUUUAAGAGUACAUUACAAAUCAGAAUGUUUCAAUUUGAAGGGAACAUCUCAAUUUGCAGCUUGGCGCGUCCGAAACACCUCUUUGGCAACCCCAUAAUACAUUAUUUUACCACCAAGCCAAACAAGAAAA